UCAGUAACCCACAAUCAGUCUCUUUUCGAUCGUCAUGAACAGUGGACUGGUACUGUGCUUAUGUGUAUUUUCGAUCUUAUUUGCGUUGUGUAGGGCAACCACUUGCAACUCAUUAAAUCACGUUGAAGUUCAACUGCAUCAACAAAAUGGGAACACAUUCAAUAAAACAAUAACAGGAUGUAUUGAAAGAAUAGCAUUUGAUUCGAAAACUAUUAUCACGAAAGCAUUCAUAAGAGAACAAGAUGUGCCCAUAUUAGGUAGGGACACGAUAAGAAACAUGGCGAAAUUAACAACGGCGACAUUUUUGGAGUGCAACUUGGUGCAUGUGGAAUCUGGAGCGUUAAGAAAUGUACCUAGAUUAAAGAGUUUCCAAAUAUCUAAUGGAAACUUAAAGGAAAUUUCGAGGGAAAUAUUUAUUGCUGCACCUAAACUGGAACUGUUAAGAAUCAAUAACAAUCAAAUCGACCUAAUAGCUGAUUAUGCUUUUUCUAAUUUGCCAUCAUUAAAAAAGAUAUACGUCAACAACAAUGAAUUAGAACACUGGAACAAAGAGUGGUUUGUUAACACAACAAGUUUGGAAAUCAUGAACUUUCAAUUUAACAAAAUCAGAACGUUACCUAAAAUGGCGUUUAAUUUUCUAAGGAAUUUAACGCAAAUCUAUUUUGACUACAAUGAAAUUUUCACUAUUCAGGCGGACGCAUUCAAAGGUCUACGAAACAUAACUCACUUAGGAUUGAGAUACAACAGACUAACUGCCAUCAGUGAAAACAUAUUUCCGAAUACAAUAAAAAUUAAAUCUCUGGUGAUAGAUGCCAAUUAUCUUAACUUUCUUCCAAAUGAAGUUUUAAACAGAAUCGCAGUAAAGGAGUUAACAAUUCAAGGGAAUCCCUGGAAAUGUCCUUGUCUCGAUCGAAUCAACGGUUGGGUGUUUAAGAAGAAAGGUGUGAUCAAAAAAUCGGAAAUGUGCACAGGAGAUUCCAUCCCCGAUUGUGCAGCAUCGAAAGUAUUUUCCACCACAUGUAUUGAAACCGUAGACACUGAAUUAACUAAACUUUUUAUCCAGUCCUUGAGAAAUUUAUCCGUUCCAUUGGGAAAAUAUUGUGCCAGGACUGAUCAAACAUUAAUAGCUAUAUAAUUAUGUUUUGUACGUGUAAAAAUAAUAUACAUAGAAAUUUA